GUGCAUGGGUGAUAUUCAGGUUUAGAAAGGUGCUCUACAGAGGACAAAUUUGCAUUGCGGGUAGUCAGGAGGUUUAAGUUAAGUUACACACUUUACUUUAAAGGUUUUCUUAUAUUUUACAGGUCAGAGAAAUACAACUCAAAUCUGUCUCUAUUGCAAGAAACAGUGAAGGAAAUUGAGGUCUGUCAAAUCGCUUUAGGCUGCAUUAAAAAUGGAGAGAGCCCUGUGAUGAAUGACUGUGCAGUUUCAGAACUGGAGGAUAUCCUGGGUCAGGAGGCAAGCCAAACCACGGGUGGAGUUAAGAGUGCCGGUCAGCAGCUUCUAUUGCUGCAGGAUCAGCUGAAGCAAGAAAAAGAAGAGAAAAAGAAAAUAAUUGAGAACUACACUUCAGAAAGGACCCUGAGGAAAAAAUAUUACAAUAUGGUUGAAGAUAUGAAAGGUAAAAUUAGAGUGUUUUGUCGGAUUCGCCCUGCGAGCCGAGCCGAAGCUGCGCAGGGUGGCGCCAUCGUUGUGGAAAAAAUAGAUGAAUACUCUGUCACCGUAGAAACCCCUCGUGGACCAAGGGAGUUUCAGUUUGACAAGGUGUUCAGUGCUGAAGCCUCUCAGGAAGACUUGUUUCAUGACACCAGCAGGCUGAUCCAGUUAGCUAUCGACGGUUACAACGUUUGUGUCUUUGCAUAUGGCCAGACGGGCUCAGGGAAGACCUUCACUAUGGUUGGGGACAAGGAACAGAAGAAUCCCGGGAUCAUCCCGAGAGCUUUCAAUGCCAUGUUUGAUAUCAUGCGCGAGAACAGCUCUAAAUUCAGUUUUAAGGUUUCAGCCUAUAUGCUAGAGCUCUACAAUGACAGGCUGCAGGACCUCUUUGCGAGCCAGGCUGGUGAGGCCCACGUACACACUCAAUCCCAUGGCCAGGCCAGGCGGGUGGAGAUCAAGAGGAACAGAAAGGGAGUUGUGUUCGCCCAAGGAGCAGAGACAAAAGAGGCUUCCAGUGCCCAGGAGCUCUACGCUCUGUUCCAGCAGGCCUGCGCAAACCGACACAUCUCUGCCACCAAGAUGAACGUGGAGAGUUCCCGCUCUCAUCUUAUUGUUGGCAUCAUGGUGGAGAGCAGGAAUCUGACAAAUGGGAGUGUAAGCAGUGGGAAGCUGAGCCUUGUAGACCUGGCAGGCAGUGAGCGAGCAGCCAAAACAGGUGCCAAGGACCACCAGCUGAAGGAGGCAAACUCCAUUAACAAGUCUUUGAGUGCACUGGGUGAUGUGAUCUCAGCUUUAUCUGCUGAACUGCCCCAUGUGCCAUACAGGAAUAGCAAGCUAACACAGGUGAUGCAAGACUCUUUGGGUGGAAAUGCUAAAACUCUGAUGAUCGUCAACACCUCUCCUACAGAAUACAAUCUUGACGAGACGCUCACAUCUCUUAUUUAUGCAACAAGAGUGAAGGCCAUAACCAACAACGCUCAGAGAAAUGUGGAAAGCAAAGAGAUUGCCCAGCUGAAAGAGGUGAUCAUGAAACUGAGAUCUGGGCAGAGCGUGGAAGAGGAAGAUGUUUGAACCGUUCUGCGUCGUAAUAGUGAAUAAAGUUAUGAGUAAAGAUUGUUAGAGAUGUUCACAUAUUAAUUUAGCCAUAAUUAGUUGGAC